ACACAAGAAAAAGGAAGCGUAAUCUCCGCUAACAUCUGCCACCCACAAAAGACCGCCUUUUUCAGAACCCGCAAGGUGAAUUCUCUCAAAAACGUCAUCGUUCUAAACCCUUACUCAAAGAUUCAUAUUUCUGAUCCAGUCAAGUCAAUUUCUCCCUAAUUGUUUCUCAUGGGUAUAAUUAAGCGAUUGCCGGUGUCAGCACGCAGCACAAUGCGUUCAGGGAUCUUGGUGUUUGAUUUAACAAGAGUUGUAGAGGAGCUUGUUUUUAAUAGCUUGGAUGCUGGUGCUAAAAAGGUUUUGGUUUACGUUGCUGUUGGGACCUGUUACGUGAAAGUUUCUGAUGAUGGAUGUGGGAUUUCACGGGAUGGAUUGGUGUUACUGGGAGAAAGAUACGUGACAUCAAAGGUUCAACAUUUGGCUGAUAUGGAUGUUGCUAGUGGAAGCUUUGGCUUCCGGGGAGAAGCUUUGUCUUCUAUCGCUGAUGUCUCAGUAUUAGAUGUAUUGACAAAGGCUCGUGGAAUGCCGAAUGGAUAUCGCAAGGUCAUGAAGGGAUCUAAGUGUUUGUGUUUGGGAAUUGAUGAUGAUAUUAAAGAUGUCGGCACUACAGUUGUUGUUCGUGAUUUAUUUUACAACCAACCAGUUCGGAGGAAAUAUAUGCAAUCCAGCCCUAAGAAGAUACUGCACUUGGUAAAAAAAUGUGCACUUCGUGUUGCUCUUAUGCAUUCAGAGGUGUCCUUUAAAGUUGUUGAUAUUGAAAGUGAGGAGGAGCUUCUCUGCACAAAUCCAUCUUCUGCAAUGUCACUGUUGAUGAGUGGAUUUGGAAUUGAAGAUUCCAGCUCUCUUCAUGAACUGAAUAUCAGUGACGGUGUAUUAAAGCUUUCUGGCUAUAUAUCUGGUCCUUGCAGUAGUUUUUCCAUCAAGGCUUUCCAAUAUGUUUAUAUCAAUUCACGGUUUGUUUGCAAAGGCCCAAUUCACAAAUUGCUAAAUCACCUGGCCUCUAGAUUUGAGCAUCCAGUUCUGCAGAAGGCUAACAGUGUGUCUCAAAAAGGAAAGAAAAGCAGGCCUCAACCAUGUCCAGCUUAUAUUUUAAAUUUGAGUUGCCCUUUCUCUCUCUAUGAUUUAACCUUUGAGCCAUCAAAGACACAUGCUGAAUUCAAGGAUUGGAAUCCUAUCCUUGCCUUCAUUGAGAAGGUCAUUCAACCACUCUGGAGGGAAUGCACUGUUUUUGGAGAAUCCUCAACUCGGCCAACAGAUACAUUCCAGAAAAAUGACAUUUGGCAGGAGGGUAAUGAUAUUACAUCAGUGAAACAAGAUUUUUUUGAUGCAGAUUUUUCAGGAUUUGCAAUAAAGAAAGGCGGGGUUAAAACUCACCAGUCUUCUCGUCAUCUCAUUUCUUGCCCUUUGAAGAUGCUAAACAAAGAGGUUGACCAUCUUUUUCACGGGAAGCAUGAUAAAGUUCCUCAAGAAUUCUACUCAAAUGUUUCAGAAUUCAAAGAGAAACAAGUUGACAAGGAAUUUGUUCUUCAGGGUGACUGCUCUUCCCAAACAUGGAAUGGAUCCAUCUCUGGAUACAUGCCAAGAGCAACCAAAACAGAUGAGUGUCAUCACUUGACAUCUGAUAAGAAUUUUUUGUUGACAGCUAAUUGCUUCUUGGAAGAUAGUUUCACUACCAGGGAAAGACUCAGUGAUCACAUGCAGAGGCAUUUCUCAAGCUCAGAAUGGCAAGACGAGUCCCCAAAAAUUGAUUCCAUGGCAAGAAAUGAAUCUCUGGGGAGUGCGUUCUCCUUUGAUCAUUAUGGAUUCAGAAACGAAUUACCAUUUAGCAAGAGUAAUAUAAAACCGAUUUUACAGAGUUGCUCCUCACAGAAAAGCCUGUCACUUGAUAGGGAUUUUUUUGCUGGCAAGGAAGCAUUUGAAUUUCUUAAUGAUGGCUUCAAGAACAAAAGAAGACGGCUUUGCACAGUUGAAAAUGUGGGUAUCCCAAAAGGGGAUACGAUAUUUGAUAUCUUUCCCUGUGCUUUACCACAGGACAAUGCAUCAUGUACCCAGCAGUUGCCUGCAGACACUGAUGGAGCUGAGAUGUCUGCAGCUUUUGAUCUUCUGCCAGGUGCCUAUGUAAAUUCUUCUUCACCAAAUGGAAAACUUUUAGCUAAAGGGAAAGGUCUUGCAUCUAAUUCUAUCCUACAAUUAGAAAUGUAUGCCUCGGGAAAACAUUCAUCAAUGUCUGAUUGGUGUUCUGUAACUUCAAGUGCUUUUUUUCAAGCAAAAGCUUGGGAAGCUGAACACUUUCCAGAUGAUAAUGCAAGUGAGGGGAGCAAGGGAUGGGGUAAAAAGGAAAAUUGUUGGCAUUUUCCUGAUAGCUGGGAGAUUAUGUCAAAGCCUUCCAGCCAAGAUAACUUCUUCUCAAGUUGUACAAGCACUGUGUUAGAUUUUAAAAAUUCAGCUGAUUCUAGUAAAGAUAUCUGCAAAUUGCCUCAGUGGCAGGAUCAAAAUAAUGAAUUUUCUUCACAACAUUCAGAUAUAUAUGUUGGUGAGACAGACUGGCUCCUUUUGGACCCAGGUUCUAAAGAUCCUAAAAGGAAUGAUGAGUGUGAAAGGCAAGAGAAUCAACUAAGAUAUAAAGCUUGUGCUGCCAAAGAACGAUCCAGAAGAAGCAAUUCAACCCCACCAUUUUACAGACUGAAGAGGAGGUUUAUUUCCUUAAACAACCACUCAAUGAGGAAAGAAGAAGAACCAUACACUCAGUUGUUCCAUGAUUGGCUCACUUGUCCAGAAGCUAAUGACUUUGAGCAUAUACCUCUCCAGCCUAGUCAUGUGGAGGAGGAUUUAACACUAAGAACCAAAUCCAAUGGAAAGAACAUGCCAGAUACCAUGCCGAACAAGGAGACUCCAGAAGGAAAUCCAGAGCACUUCCAACACCCUAAGGCUUAUGAUUCUUCACCUGAAGGCUUUAUGCCAAAGGACACCCAGGAGUCAAUGGAUUAUAGGAUCAAAUGGCGGAAUGGCUGCCAACAAAUUGCAAAUCACAGCAUGUCAUCCAAUGUUGGCAGUCAGCGAAAUAUACUUGACAUCUCUUCGGGGUUCUUGCAUCUUGCUGGAAAUUUAUUAGUUCCAGAAUCUAUUCAUAAGAAUUGCCUUCAGGAUGCCAGAGUCCUUCAUCAGGUAGACAAGAAAUUCAUCCCAAUUGUAGCUGGUGGGACACUUGCUGUUAUAGACCAGCAUGCAGCAGAUGAAAGGAUUCGACUGGAAGAACUUCGUCAAAAGGUAUUAUCUGGAGAAGAGAAGACAGUUACCUAUCUUGAUGCUGAACAAGAGCUGAUACUUCCUGAAAUAGGGUAUCAGCUACUUCACAAUUAUGCUGAACAAGUAAGAGAAUGGGGAUGGAUCUGCAAUAUUGAAGGUUCAGGGACCUUCAAGAAGAAUUUGAAUAUUCUCCACCAGCAGCCAACUGUGAUUACACUUCUUGCAGUACCAUGCAUUUUAGGGGUCAAUUUGUCUGAUGGAGAUCUGUUGGAAUUUCUGCAGCAGCUUUCUGAUACAGAUGGCUCCUCUUCAACUUUGCCGCCAUCCGUUCUUCGUGUGCUUAAUUAUAAAGCAUGCAGAGGCGCAAUCAUGUUCGGAGAUUCGUUGCUACCAUCAGAAUGUUCACUUAUUGUCGAAGAGCUAAAGCAGACCACACUUUGUUUUCAAUGCGCCCACGGGCGACCAACAACUAUUCCUGUUGUCAACCUGGAGGCGUUGCAAAAGCAGAUAGCAAAACUUGGAGUGCUAAAUGAUGGUUCAAAUGACUUGUGGCAUGGAUUACGCCGACAUGAACUCAGCCUUGAACGUGCAGCACAGCGUUUAAGUGCAGCUAGAGGCUAGUGAUUGAUGAGAAAACAAUAACUGCUUUUGCAGACUCUUCGUUGCAUUUCACAACUGUAAUUGUCCCAUUUAACGAAAGGUCAUUCUUUGUUAUCUACAGUAUAGCUCACUCCAAGGAUAGCAGCGCUUCCCAUUAAUGUACAUAAGAAUGAUAAUAUCUGCUCAUAGGUUCCUCUUGCAAAGACACCCAUUAUUUCCACACGAUGAAUCAUAAGUGUUUUGGCUUGUUCUCAUUUUA